AUGUCUCUUUCUGAAUUUAUACAAUUCCAAGCCAAACGCACACUACGCUCUAAUGAACCAAUUGCAGAUUACAUUUAUGACAAGGAUGCUAUUAUAGACAAAGCUCCAUUCCCGCUACAACAGUCUGAUAGAGUUUCCUUAAUCUUACAAGGCAUAACUAAACACGAAUGGGCAAUUCCAUUGACGACAGCAAUGUGUACUUCUGUUAAGGACCUCUUAGAUAGGGCUGUGCAAUUGGAUGCCAUUCGCAAAGUUCAGUAUGUUAAAGAAAAUACUUCCGAAAAUACAACUAGUUUCAAAUCUCAAGACAACCAAAAAGAACAAGGUAACUAUAUUCCUCGUUUCAACCCAUCAGUUCAUAAAGAAGAAGAUCAAACUUGCUAUAGAUGUAAGCAAGUAGGACACGUCAGUUACAAUUGUAAAAAUCCACUUCAAGAAAAAUCAGCUCGUGUUUACAACAAGACAGACAUAAAAGAUACCACCUACGCCAAUAAGAAACAUUUUAAUAAAGAGGUAAAGCCUAAAGAGACAUUGACAACCAAAACAAUAAAUUGUGUUCAAGAGGAUUCUACCUCAGAAGAUUUUGUUAGAGUAUCUCAAAUUCCGGCCACAAUAAAUGGCAACAUGACUAUCGAUGCCUUACCCGAUAUUGGAUCAUGUGUUACGUUACUCAGAAGGUGUUUUGUUCCAGAUAACAUACCCAUAUUUCCAUGGCAAGAUGGAUCAUACGCUACGCCUGAGGGUAACUGCACACCAAGUGGUUGGAUAAGUCUAAGAAUAAAAGUCGGAAACAUUGAUUAUGUUAUGCCAAAAGUAGGUCUAUGUGAUAAAUUACCAAUUGCAAUGAUUCUAGGUCGUGAUUGGCAAAAAGCAGUACAGGCAACAAUUACUAUCGAACCAAAUGGUGCUGUAUGUAUAACAACACCAUCGUCUAUUCAAGAAUUCGGUUGUGUAAAAUCCAAAACUGCAUUUAAAAAGAUUUUAGGCAGAAUAUUAGACGAGAAAGGAGACAGACCAGACCCUGAACGUGCCCAAGCAGUCACAAGGUACCAAACAUUAAGUACACUUCAGGAACUUAGAAGUUUUUUAGGAUUUGCCAAUGCAUUACGAAGGUAUAUAAAUCACUUUGCAUCAAUUGCAAGACCCUUAACCAAUAUGUUGAAGAACAAACCAGUAUCAAGUAAGAAAUCUUCUAAUUAUAAAAUUCAAUUAUCAGAUGAUGAACAUCAUGCUUUUGUUAAGUUAAAAUCAGCAAUUACUUCGAACCCAGUUCUUGCAGCCUUCCGUCAAAACGUGCCAACUACCGUAGAAACCGACGCAAGUCAUGAAGGAUUAGGUGCUUGUCUCUCCCAAAUACAUGAUGGAUCUAUAUGUAUAAUAGAAUACGCAAGCAGAUCCCUUAAAGAUCCAGAAAAACGUUACCAUAGCAAUGAGUUAGAGGUUACAGCGGUACAUUGGGCUAUAACCGAAAAAUUUCGCCUUUAUUUGGUCGGUCAAACCUUUAAACUCAUAACGGAUAAUUAUUCCACAGCUUACAUAGUCAAUAAAGCUAAGCUUAACAGAAAGUUUGCCAGAUAUGUUGUUGACUUAGCAGCAUUCGAAUUUGAACCCAUCUACAGAGCUGGUAAACUAAACAUUAUUGCAGACCAUCUUUCAAGAUACCCUCAACCUGUUAACGAUGAAAAUCAGUGUUGUUUGGCAAUCAUUAACUCUCAAAACGAUAAAUUAGUACAUGCCCAACAAGCUGACUCCUUUUGCCAACAAAUCAAUAAAAAACUUAAGAAUACAAAUAACACGGUUCAUAUUCUACAAAUAAAAUGUAUGUAUAAAUAUGAAAAUAACAUCCUAGUUCAUGUCAAUAUAGAAAAUGGUUUUGAAGUAAGUAAAAUUGUCAUUCCAUUUUCUUUUCGCAACACAGUUUUACAAUAUUGUCAUGACAACACAGGUCACUUCGAUAUUAAGAAAACUUUAUCCAGGAUUAAAGCACGCUAUUGGUGGAGUUCCAUGAGAAAAGACUGUGCCCUCUAUGUUCGUGGAUGUAAGACUUGUCAACAAGUCAACAGAAGAACCACAUCAGCAUAUGGUAUGUUAGGCGAGAGACCCAUACCUGAAGUUCCUUUUGAAGUCAUCUCAGCAGAUCACCUUUCACUCCCAACUACUAAAGCGGGCAAUUGUUACAUAUUAGCUCACAUCUGUCACGCUACCAGAUUUCUUUUAGCUAGACCUACAUGUACUACUGCCACAGACGAUAUCAUUCACACACUUGAAAAUGAUAUCAUAAAUCACUAUGGACUACCAGUUACAUAUAUUUCGGAUAAUGGUUCUUCAUUCACAAGUUCUAAGUUCAAACUGUAUUUAGAAAAAUAUGAAAUACAACAUUCACUAUGUCCACCAUAUACCCCACAAGCCAACGGACUGGUAGAACGUUCUAACGCAACCAUGAUCUCAGUUUUAUCUAAAUUUUCAUUAGAGCACCCAGAUGAUUGGGACAUUAAGCUACCAAACCUAAUCUUAGCUAUAAACACAUCUCAACAGAGCACCACAAAGUUUUCACCUUUCUACUUAUUACAUGGUUAUGAACCAAAACUCUCUACUAUGGAUAUGGCACUAGGUUCAGUACAGUCAGACCUGUCAAGAAUGGAUCAACUAGACUUACCUGCAGAAAGUAGAGGUAUAGCAAUUGAAAACUUAAAAGACAAUCACAAAAUAAACAAAAAACGAUUCGAUCAACAUAGAAGCCACCACAACUUCCAGCCAGGUCAACGAGUAUGGUAUAACUGGCAGUCUACAAAUGACACAAAACUUUCACCAAAUUUUAAAGGACCAUUUGUCAUUGAACACCCAGUUGGAAAAGUUUGUUAUAAAAUUACCAGGGCCGAUGCAACAAACAAAAAACAUUCCAGAAUAGUUCAUGUACAAUCACUUAAACCAGCUCAAUACAGACCAAAUUUGGAUGAUCCAGGAGAGAUUCAAUUUGAGGAGAACAAUCAACAAUCACCUCCAACUUCUCUCACAGACAACAUCCAAAUAAAUUCUCCUACCCCAACCAUAGACACUAAGGUAAACAGCAUUACUAAACGUACUCGCAAGACACCAUCUUGGUUAAAAGAUUAUAUAAUAGGUUAA